AUGGAUACACAGGUAGUUAGGGAUGAUACACCCCAAACCCCACAGGCAAGCAGCAGCAGCAGCGACAGCAACAGCAGCAGCAACAGCAGCAGCAACAGUAGGUUAGCAGCUGUCUAUAGCAGCAGCGAAAGGCUGCAGCAGACAGGCAUGCUGGAAACAGCAGCAGCAGCAGCAGCAGAAACAGCAGCAGCAGCAGCAGCACCUGUAAGGCGUCAGCCAAGGCAGCCCUCCUCCUCCUCGUCAGACAGCAGCAGCAGCAGCAGCAGCAGCAGCAGCAGCAAUUCAGAGGAUGAUGUCUUUGGUGUAGAUUUUCUUAAUGAUUUGUUUGCUGAUCCAAAGAAGUUACAAGAAAUAGAAGAGGAAGACAGUGCAGCAGCAGCAGCAGCAGCAGCAGCAGCAGCAGGAAGUCCUGCAGCAGGAGGAGGAGGAGGAGCAGCAGCAGCAGCAGGGGACGAUUCAAGGGGAAGAAGAACGAGGAGAGACAUUUCUAAGAAGCAGCAGCAGCAGCAGAGGAAGCAGAAACAGAAGCAGCAGCUGCAGCUGCUGCAGGGAGGAGAAGGAGGAGACGAUCCCCUAGGAGACGAUCCCUUUGGUGGGGAUCUAUUUGGAGACGAUCCCCUGACGGGAGACGAUCCCAGAGGAGACGAUCCCAGGGGAGACGAUCCCAGGGGAGACGAUCCCAGGGGAGACGAUCCCGAUCCCCUGAUGGGAGACGACGAUCCCUUUAAGGCGGAUUGGGCAUUAAGACUAAAAGAUAAGGACCCUGCUCUUGCUGCACAAGCAGCAAGAGAUUUAGCAGCAAGAAGAGAAGAAAGAAGAUUAAAAGAAUUAGAAGCAUCGCAACAAGCAGCAACAUUAGAAGGAAUAUUUGCUAGGGCUAAACCUGUAUCACCAGGACUGAGCUUUUUAGGUGUUGGCUAUGAUGUAGUAAAGGGUAACCCAUUAGGUGACCCUGUAGUGAUGGGUGACCCUGGGUUACGUUCCCCUAUAAUACAAUUUGAUUAUAAUUUUAAUUUUAUGAAUAAAAAUAGUAAAACAGAUAGAGAAAAAGAUAAUAAAAGUAAUAAAAUAGGUAAUAGAAAAGAAGGAGAAGAAUUAGGAGAAGAAGAUGGCGAAGGAAUUAGCGAAAAAGAAUUACAAGAUAAUGCACAAGAAGAGGAAGAAGGAGAAGGAGAAGAAGAAGAAAAUAAAGGAGAUUUAUUAAUGAAUUUAAGUAGCGAUCUAAGAGAAUUACAACCUAGAGGAACAUAUAGUAGACCUUUUGUUGCAUGCAAACAAUCAGAAAAUCUUAGCGAAGUUAUUUCCUUAACAGAUUAUGUUAAGGAAUUAGAGGGAGAUGCAUCCUUAGUAGGAGGAGAUACAUUUAAUUUAAAUUCUUUUUCUGCUUCUGCUGCAUUCAAGGAUAUAGCAAAAAAAACUAUUAAAAAAAAUAGCCGUACUUUUCUUCUUAAGACUUAUUGUCUUAGGUAUGAGGCAGGACUGGCACAAACUGACAGUUUUGCUUGGAAUUAUACAUUAGCAUUUAAGGAUGCAGUAGAAGGAUUACCUGAUACAUUUGAUGGUGCAGAAGAAGGAGAAGGAUGUUCUCCUUCUGUAUGGAGAGAAAAUAGCAAAGAUAAUCUUUGUAUAAAUACAAAUAUAAAAAAAUGGAUAGAUUUUAUAGAUCAAUUUGGUACACAUUAUGUUGUUAAAUUAUUUGCAGGAGGAAAGCUAACUCAUCAAAUAACAAUGGCUAAUGUAGAUAUAGCUAUGAUGAAUAGUAAAGGAAUGAGCGUAAAAAGCGCAUUAAAGGCAACAUUUGGUGUAGGUAGUGUAGGUGCAUCAACAAAUGUAGAAAAAGAAGAAAAAGAAAAAAAUGAAUUAAAACAUUUUAAUUACCAGAUGGAGACUCUUGUUAUGGGGGGAAGAGUACCUAGAGAUGUAGGUGACCCUGAUUCCUUGGGUGAAUGGGCGGAUUCUGUAGAGGAGCUUCCUAUGCCGGUUAAAAUAACAUUACAACCUUUAUCUAAUUUAUUACCUCAACAACACAAAGAAAACUUUGAGAAAGCAACACGUUUUUAUUCAGAUGCUGUUGGUAUGACGAAGGCAGAUUUAACGGCAUUAGCAGGAAAACCCCAAAAUAUUGGAGAAAUUCUGCGAAAUAGUUCGCAAGUAACGUAUGCAGGUGACCCUCCAGGGUUUGCUAUGUGCGAUCCUCACGAAAGAAUUCUUUUUGGCUUUGCCUUCCAAGUAAACUUUUUAGAUGAUGGAGCAAUUGCAGAAAGAGCAGAAAUUAAAUCUUGCCCAGCUGGAAGAGAUAAAUGUGAUGGAUUAGAGAGGCCAGCAAAAGAAGGAGAUGAUGCGCGAAUAUUCGCCCUCUGUGGCGCAGAGACCAUCACGGGUCUAGAGCAAGUUGUCGUACAGAGCCCUCUCAAAGCAGUAGCUGUAUGCCCUCAAGGGUCAUUAAUAUUAACAGGGUUUUCUUUAUCAUUAACAGGAGGAAGAGAAGGACCAUUAAGGACAGGAUUCUUUCCUUGUCGUGCAGGUCUUCCAACAUGUACAGCUCUAGGAGUUAGAGGUACACAACAAAAUAUGGUUUGGGUCGCCUGUGUAGAAGAUACAACCCCAGGCCUUCAGAGGUUAACAAAUGUUGGAGCUGCUGUAGUUGGUGUUGCAACAAAACGUUCUUAUUCUGAUGGUUUAGUUCGAGCAGAAUGUCCUCCUAAUCUUGGCGCUUCUUUUGGAUUUACAUUAGAAUUACAUACAAGAAUGUCCCGUGUCCGUGAGAGUUUCGAUGUUUGCGUAGAUUCAGCAAAAAAUUGCGAAUUAAAGGGCAAAGGAAUAACAGAGAAUAUUUUCUUUAGGAAAAAAGAUACGCAUGCAUUAAUUGCAUUUAUAACUUGUUCUGAUUUACCUAGUAAUAAUACACUUAUGCAUAAUGAAUAA